AUGGAGGCCGCUGCGCAGCAGCGAGCAGCUCGGGAGGAGGUUCCCGCCGUGGUGCCGCGCCCGGUCGGCACCACCACGUCCGGCGCCGUGCAGUACCUCACCUCGGAGCAAAAGGAGGCGCUCAACCGAAAGUAUGGGCGCAUCCGACCUCCGACGAACGAUGAGAUGGAGGCCGUAGCCGACGCCGGCGCGGCCUGCAAGAUGCAAUGA